AUAAAGUAAAACAUUAAAAAUGGCCGACACGAAAGAAUCGCCUGCCGCUAAAGAGAAUAAAAUAAACGAAAAAGAUGGCGUCAAGAGUGACGAAAAAGAAAAAAAAACUGGUGAAGUUAAGGAACAGGAUCUUACAGAAGAGGACAAGCAACUCAUUGAAGAACUGAACAUGCUAGUAGAAAGAUUGACUGAACCAGAUCAAAGCCUAUACAGAGCAUCAUUAGAAAGCCUAAGAACACUAAUCAGAUCCUCUACCACAUCUAUGACUUCUGUACCAAAGCCUUUGAAAUUUCUCAAACCCCAUUUUGAAACAUUGAAAAGUGUUUAUGAUAAGAUUGUUAAUAAUGAAACCAAAAGAUUUUGUGCUGACGUCUUGUCAGUUCUAAGCAUGACCAUGAGUGACAAGAGGGAGUGCCUGCACUUUCGAUUGCUUGGCAGCCUCGAACACAUUGGCUCUUGGGGGCAUGAAUACGUCAGGCACCUCUCUGGGGAAAUAGUUCAACAAUGGCAGGACUGUGAGGACCAAGCUGAUUGUAAUGAAAAGAGAGAAGUCCUGAAAGGUUUAAUCCACGACAUAAUUCCAUACCUGAUGCAACACAAUGCUGAGCCAGAGGCCUGUGACAUCCUGAUGGAAGUCGAGUUACUCCAUCUCUUGGAACAGUACGUCGAUAAGGCUGCUUUUCCCAGAGUCUGCCUCUAUCUGAAGAGCUGUGUCCCCUAUGUACCUGAUCCAGAAAACAUAAACUUACUGAAGACCACUCUGGGCAUAUAUAGGAAGUUUGAACAGUUCUCAGACGCACUGCUGAUUGCCAUACAACUCAAUGAUCUGACUGUCGUCAAGAGUCUUUAUGCCGACUGCAAGGAUCCGGCAGUACUGAAGCAGAUGGCCUGCAUUCUGGGGCAGCAGCAAAUAUUCUUCGAAGUGGAUGGUGCCGAAGAAGACGUGGAGCAGACAGAGCUCAUGAGAAAUGUGCAUCUCAAUGUCCAGUUUCUUAAUCUGGCUAGAGAGUUGGAUAUUAUGGAGCCAAAAAUUCCAGAAGACAUUUAUAAAUCUCAUUUGGAACCUUCAAGACCCACAUUGGGUGCUGGUCACGUGGACUCAGCUAGGCAGAAUUUAUCGGCAUCAUUUGUUAAUGGAUUCGUGAAUGCUGGCUUUGGUAAGGAUAAGCUACUUGCUGAUGACGCCAACAGCUGGUUCUAUAAGAACAAGGAUCAUGGAAUGUUCAGUGCAGCAGCUUCUCUGGGCCUCAUCUUACUUUGGGAUAUUGACGGUGGCUUGGCACAACUCGAUAAGUAUCUCUAUUCUAAGGAGGACCCCAUUAAGGCCGGCUGUCUGUUGGGCUGUGGUAUCGUUAACACAGGAGUUAAGAAUGAGUGCGACCCAGCGCUGGCACUUCUGUCUGAUUACGUUAAGCACUCGUCACAUUUUAUGAAGAUUGGUUCCAUACUUGGUCUGGGCCUGGCCUACUCUGGCUCCAAUAGGGAAGAUGUCAUUCAGAUACUGCUUAGGGUCUUUACGGAUGGCAAUAACACACUUGAGGUGAUUGGCGUGGCUUCUUUAGCCUGUGGAAUGAUCGCAGUGGGGACCUGCAAUGGCGCCAUCUGUUCCACUAUUCUUCAGACGCUGAUGGAGAGUGGAGAGAUGGACCUGAAGGACACCUACGUCAGGUUCCUGGCGCUCGGAUUGGGACUGUUGUUUCUAGGUUGCCAGCAAGAUUGCGAGGCCACAUUGGCAGCUUUGGAAGUUUUCAAUCAGCCGUUCAAAAAUUUUGCCAUCACGAUGGUUGACAUCUGUGCCUACGCUGGAACUGGCAAUGUCUUGAAAAUCCAGAAGCUGUUGCACACAUGUUCGGAGCACUAUGAUGCAAAAGAGCAGGAAAACCAGGAGCCCAAAAAAGACGAAAAAAAUAAGAACAGAAAGGAUAAAAGUGCCAAAGAUAAGGAAGCCAGUAGUAAUGUCUUAACACAGCAAGCAAUCUCAGUGCUUGGCAUUGCCUUGAUUGCGAUGGGUGAGGACAUUGGUGUCGACAUGUCGUUCAGAAUGUUUGGACAUCUGCUUAGGUAUGGAGAGCCAGUGAUUAAGAGGGCCGUUCCCUUAGCCCUUGCCCUAAUCUCAGUAUCCAAUCCCAAACUUCAAGUCAUUGAUGUCCUCAGUAAGUUCAGUCAUGACAGCGACCCCGAGGUUGCCCAUAACGCCAUCCUAGCUAUGGGCUUGGUUGGGGCCGGUACGAACAAUGCCAGACUGGCCACGAUGCUUAGGCAGUUGGCAGUCUAUCACUCCAAAGACUCCAACAAUCUCUUCUGCAUACGUAUAGCUCAGGGGCUAACUCAUUUAGGAAAAGGUACCCUAACGCUGUGUCCAUAUCAGUGGGACAGGCAGAUUAUGAACCCAGUGGCCGUCGCUGGCCUCAUGUCGUUUCUAGUAGCCUGCUUGGAUGUUAAAAAUAUUAUCCUCAGUAAGUCCCACUACCUGAUAUAUACCCUGGUAACUGCCAUUCAUCCGAGAAUGUUGGUCACAUUUGAUGUUGACUUCAAUCCACUGCCCGUGUCUGUCAGAGUUGGACAGGCUGUGGAUGUUGUCGGGCAGGCAGGCAACCCGAAGACCAUUACAGGCUUCCAAACACACACGACCCCUGUUCUCUUGGCUUACGGAGAGAGGGCUGAAUUGGCCACUGAUGAAUAUAUCUCGAUGACGCCUGUGAUGGAAGGAUUUGUCAUAUUACGAAAGAACGAAAAUUACGUCAAAUAAUUUAGAAACCAAAAAAAAUAAAGACUCUUCCUUUUUACGAUGAAUAUAUGAACGUUGUCCAUUUCAACUUAGGAUUAUUAAUAGUAAUUAUUGUUUUUGAUGUUAAGUUACUCGCAAUGUCUAUUGUCUUACCCAACAUCUUAGAUUCUUUUCUUAAGUUACUUUGAUACGGAGAAGAAAUAGUCGCGAAGUUGAUCAGUUAAAGUUGGAAUAAGUUGACAAUUUUUUAGUUUGAGCGUUUUCAUUUGUUUUGUUAAAAAAAUUUAAAUAAAAUACUAAUUUUUGAAAUGUUUUGAGUAUUUUUGAUAGCCUUAGCUGUAGUUUGGCGGUACUUUUAACUUUCUCCUAUAAAUAUAAUACAAAUUUUCAAGAAUGUAUUAAAAAAA